UAAAAACGGAAAAUAAAAAUAAAUAAAAGAAAUUUUAUUUCUUUUUAUAUAUUAUUUAUUAUAAUAUCUAUCUUUUUUGUUUUUUAUUUUUUUAUUUUUUAUUUUUUUAAAUUUAGGCACAAAGCUUCCACAUAAAAAGAAAUCGUGAAAUUUUUAGACACAAAAAAAUAAAUAAAUAAACAAAUAAAUUAAUAAAUAAAUAAAUAAAUUUUAAAAUAAAUAAUAACCUAUGUUUUUAUUAAAUAAACCUAUAUAAAUAUAAAUAAUUUUUUUUUCUAAAUUAAAUCUAAAUUAAAUUAAAUUAAAUAAAAUAAAAUAAAUAAAAUGAUAAUAAAAGUUUUAAAUAAUAAUAAUAAUAAUAAAAAUGAAAGCGCAUAUAACGAUCAUUUAUUUUGGAAAUUUUAUAGAAAUAAAAUUAUUCGUAUAAUUAUAUUUAAACAUAUAAGAUUAUUUAAUCAACAUAGACAUAUGAUGGAAAUGAAAAUCGACCAAUUAAUGAAAUAUGAAUAUAAAGAUUAUAUAACAUCACUUUUUAUUAAAGAUAAUAAUAAAAACCUAACUAAAAAUGUUAUACCCGAUUCAGUUAGAGAGUUGGUCUUCUUUGACCUCUUUAACCAGCCAUUAAAGCCAGAGUGUAUUCCUAGAUCCAUCGAGUCUCUUACAUUUGGGGAUAAUUUUAACCAGUGCAUAAAGCCAUUUGUACUCCCACAAAGUAUAGAGAAGCUCCACUUUGGAAAGAGUUUCAACAUGCCUCUUUUACCAAAUUGCUUACCAACUGAAAAUCUUAAACAUCUAGUUUUGGGUGAGGACGAUUUCAACCAACCAAUUAAAAUCAAUAGCUUACCAUCAACAAUAGAAUACCUUUCAUUCUCCACAUCAUUUAAUCACCCAGUUUUUGUCGAUGGUCAAAGUAUUUUACCUCACAGUUUAACCUACCUAAAUUUAGGUGGUCAUUUCAAUCAAAUUAUCCCAAAAAAUACACUCCCAGGAACCCUCAAAACUAUUAAAUUUGGAUUUCAUUACAACAAACCAUUAAAGAAGAACUCAUUACCAUCCAGUAUUGAACAUAUCCAAUUUGGUCAAUUGUACAAUCAAAAGAUAAAGAGCAAACGUCUUCCAACUGGCUUAAAGAUUCUUCAAUUUGGUAAAAACUUUAAUCAAAAGCUCGCAAAGAAUGUUUUACCAUCCGGUCUCGAUACACUUGUACUUGGUGAAAAUUACCAGCAACCAUUGGAAAGAACAUCUCUACCAAACAAGAUCACUCAUCUCAUACUAAAUGGUAAUCUUAAUGAUAGUUCAAAAAGCUGUGUACCUAAUUCUGUUACCCAUCUAACCUAUAUCGGCGCUCAAAAGAUUCCAAGCCAUAUAAAGUUACCAGAAUCCAUCAUCCAUCUCGCAUUUGGUGAACUUUACAAUGAUACCCUCGAUGAACUUUUUUCAAGAAUUCCAUCCAGCGUCAAAUCUCUAUCUCUUGGGUACCGUUUCAAUCAAGAGUUUCCUGAUUUUAAUAAUGAUAUAGAUCAAAAUGAUAUAAAUAUCGAAUCAUUAACCAUUGGCGAAUGUUUUAACUGUCCAAUCAAUAGUUUACCAAAAUCAAUCAAAACUCUAACACUCAAAUGUAAAUACUAUUACCAUCCAAUCAAAAUGGAAGCUUUGGAUUCAAUAACGAACCUUUACUAUACCAACGAGAAAAUUUAUGAUGUUUUAAAUUUAAAUGAUUUAAAGAAUCAUAAAUCAUCAUCACUAAAAAUUACCAAAUUAAUUGAAAAUUAAACAAUCACAUAAUCACUCAACCAAUC